UGCAACAACACAGGAGUGGGAAAAAAAGCCUGUUGUUUCUUCUUCUUGUUGUUUAGGAAUGAAAGUAAAAGUGAUUGUGGUACCAGCUUGAUAAUGUCCAACUACUUUCUCAUGGUCUUGAUGAACCAUGCCCACUGAUUUUGGUACAAAGUCCUUGGAAGAAGUUCCUUCUCCUUGCACAUUUGCAGCUAACCCAACAAAUGCAGAAGUCACUUGUGCUAAAGCAUCUUCAAGUGUGUGUCAGGCUACAGCAGCUGUGAACAGUGGUGACAGGUUACCUGCUGAUGAUGAAGAUAAGGAUGAAUCAUUCACUGAGACUCAGCUGGAGAACACAGACGAGACUCCUGAUGAGACGAAGUGGAUCAGUCCUGAUUUGCCCAGCAGAUGUACUUGGAAGCUGGGCGCGCCCAUGUCAGAGUCGCCUCAUAGCCACUCAGCACGCACCAAGCCCUCUGGCAUCCUCUCCAGCAUCCUUGAGAAAAUUGGACACACACCUCUGGUUCGCUUGAACAACAUCCCAAAAGAGUUUGGGCUCAAGUGUGAUAUCUUGGCCAAGUGUGAGUUCUUCAAUCCAGGAGGCAGUGGGAAAGACAGGAUCGCCCUGUGCAUGGUGGAGGACGCCGAGAGAGCCGGGGUCCUUAAACCAGGAGACACCAUCAUCGAGCCCACCUCUGGAAACACGGGUAUUGGCCUCGCCCUCAUAGCUGCAGUAAAAGGCUACCAUUGCAUCAUUGUGAUGCCUGAGAAGAUGAGCAUGGAGAAGGUGCAUGUCCUGAGAGCUCUCGGGGCAGAAAUUGUCCGCACACCCACAGCUGCAGCUUUUGAUUCACCAGAGUCUCAUAUACGUACGGCCUGGCGUCUGAAGAACGAGAUCCCCAACUCGCACAUCCUCAACCAGUAUGGCAAUUCAAGCAACCCCCUGGCUCACUACGACACCACGGCUGAGGAGAUACUGGAGCAGUGUGAUGGUCAGUUGGACAUGUUGGUGGCUGGAGUCAGCACAGGCGGCACGCUCACUGGUGUUGCUCGAAAGUUAAAGGAAAGAUGUCCAAAUGUCAAAGUAGUCGGUGUGGAUCCUGAAGGCUCUGUUCUGGAAGGCUCAGAAGGGAAGAAUAAAAAGUUUCCAUUUGAAGUGGAGGGAAUCGGCCUUGACUUCAUCCCCACAGUACUGGACAGAUCUAUUGUGGAUGUCUGGUACAAAUCAACCGACACAGAAACGUUCCUUAUGUCCCGCAAACUGAUCAGAGAGGAGGGUCUUUUGUGCGGUGGCAGCUCUGGCUCAGCGAUGGCAGCAGCUGUGAAGAUGGCUCAGCAGCUGGAGGAGGGGCAGCGCUGCGUGGUCAUCCUGCCUGACUCUGUCCGCAACUACAUGUCAAAGUUCCUGACGAAUCAGUGGAUGUGUGAGAAAGGCUUCCUCUGCUUGGACGCUCAAAUGGACCCAAAACCCUGGUGGUGGAACCGGACUGUUCAGAGUCUACACCUGUCUGCCCCCCUCACUGUCACAUAUUCUGUGUCCUGCCAGAAAACCAUUGAGAUCCUAAAGGAGAACUCACUGGAUCAGGCACCAGUCGUCACUGAGUCAGGGGCCAUCCUGGGAAUGGUGACUCUGGAAACCAUUCUGUCCUCUCUGUUGGCGGGGAAGGUUGAACUUUCAGCGGCUGUCAGCGCGGUGCUCCUCAAAGCCUUCAAACAGGUGCACCUGACAGACGACCUGGGGAAGCUUUCCCAUAUCCUCAAAACUGAUAACUUUGCCCUGGUGGUUCACAAUCAAACGCAAUACGGGGUCGAUGGGUCGGCCCUCCAGAGGGAGAUUUUAUUUGCCGUCGUGACAUCGAUUGACCUUCUCUCCUACAUCACCACACACGAGGGGCAGGACUGCAACCAUCAAAGUCAGGCAGUGUAACCCAGUGACUGUGUCCUGUUUAAGGUGGAUUUUACUCUCUUCUCACUGAGACACAGCAAACAAUCACCUACAGUGUCACCGAAAUUAUAAGAUAUACAGUCGCAGAGAGGACAGAGAAGUUGUAAUUAUAUUUAUAGCUGUUGUUGUUGUUGUUUUUUGGGAUUUGUUGACAGUUGAAGCAAAAUAGAAAAUAACAUUAUCUUUUUUUAACUUUAAUCCUGUCAGUGUUGUUACAAGUAAUCUGAGUGUAUUCACCUUGCAGCUUUAAAUGCUGUAUGAGGGACUUUACCAUCAUCUUUCUGGAGCUUUUUGACUCUUUUCUCCGACUUGUGCGAAAUGAAUGUGUUCCCUUCACCGUCAAUAAUGCAGCGACCGGCUUAGGUCUGAUAUCUACAUUUAAUCUUUGAAUGGUGGAAAGCAGGCCUACAGUCUCAUUUCUUACAGAAUAGUUCAGUGUUUAUAUUCUUUGCAUUUUACUCCUACUAUUAAAGACUUGAGCCAUACGGAAAGUGUGGGGCCUUACA